AUGGAUAAAAGCAAGGCAUUUUGGCUUGAACAUGGAGGUAAAGUUUCAUGGUUUGAUUGCCAUCGACAAUUCCUUCCACAUGAUCACCCUUUUCGAAAGAAUAAAACAACUUUCUGCAAAAAGAAAGUUAAAAAUGGCAUGGGUCCGCAUAUAAUGUGUGGAGAAGAAUUGUGGCAAUGUGUGAAGGACUUGCCUAAAGCAACUGAUGGUCCUGAAGCUCUUAAGAAGUUGAAGAGUGCCAAAAAGGGUUGGUUCAAACAAAGUAUUCUAUGGGAACUCCCAUAUUGGAAGGAUUUGCUUCUUCGUCACAACUUGGAUGUCAUGCACAUUGAAAAGAACUUUUUUGACCAACUCAUAAACACUGUGAUGGAUGUGAAAGGCAGCACCUCGGACACCACUAGUGCAAGGAAAGAUAUGGCUAAGUAUUGUAAACGUCGGCAGUUAGAGCUUGGAAAUGGAAAUCAAACCAUGCCCAAAGCACCCUUUGCACUUGACAAGGCUCAAAAGAAGGUGUUAUGUGAAUGGGUUCGAGACUUGAAAUUCCCGGAUGCUUAUGCUUCAAACUUGAGCAGGUGUGUUAAUCUUCAAUCAUGCAAGCUAUAUGGAAUGAAGAGCCACGAUUGUCAUGUCUUCAUGGAGAGGUUACUUCCGGUUGCUUUGAAGGAGUUGAUUCCCUUGCAUGUUUGGAAGGCAAUUACAGAGAUUAGUCAAUUCUUCCGAGACUUAUGCGCCCCCACUAUCAAAGCGAGUGACAUAGAUCGCUUGGAUAAGAAUAUAGCUGAGAUCUUGUGCAAGCUAGAGAAGAUUUUUCCACCUGCAUUUUUCAACUCAAUGGAACACUUGCCAGUUCAUCUUCCACAUGAGGCAAAGGUUGGUGGUCCCGUCCAGUACAGGUGGAUGUACCCAUUUGAAAGGUUUCUUAACCAUUUGAAGCGUAAGGUUGGAAAUAAGGCACGUGUAGAAGGCUCCAUAUGCAAUGCUUACCUAAUGGAGGAGAUUUCGAACUUUUGUUCCCACUAUUUUCAACCUGGGGUUGACACCAAAGCAAGGGAUCUAGGAAGAAAUCUCCAUUCGGUUGUUGAGAACCAACAUGACGUUAAUAUCCCCGAGAUGUUCAGGGUUGAUUGUGGUCGUGCACCUACUAAUGGCCGUUUGCGCUUCUUGCAAGACAUGGAGUAUGAUCGAGCACAUCUUUAUGUGCUUGCAAAAAGUGGCAUCUUAGGUGAAUAUGAGAGUCCUGAUGAAGUUGACUACUUUGGCAUUUUGGAGGAGGUGGUUGAACUUUCUUAUUGUGGUAAGCUUCAAGAGUACAAGACAAUCUUGUUUAAGUGCAGCUGGAUGGAUUCCGUGAAGGGUAUGAAUAUUCAUGAACAAUACAAACUUGUUGAGGUCAAUCAUUCUAAGAGAUACCCAAAGUAUGACCCGUUUGUAUUGUCUUACCAAGUUAGUCAAGUAUACUUUGCACACUACCCCAGUUUGAAGAGGGAUAAAGCCCAAUGGUGGGCUUGUUAG